AUGGCUGCCACCAAAAACAAGUACUCGGUCAUUUUGCCCACCUACAACGAACGGAGAAACCUCCCUAUUAUCAUCUGGCUGCUCCAGAAGACUUUCAACGAGAACAAGUUAGACUGGGAGGUUAUCAUUGUUGACGAUGGCUCCCCUGACGGCACCCUCGAAAUCGCAAAGCAGCUCCAGAAGCUCUAUGGUGCCGACCAUAUCGUCCUGAAACCGCGCGAAGGCAAGCUUGGUCUUGGAACCGCCUAUGUGCAUGGACUGGUACACACCACCGGCAACUUCGUCAUCAUCAUGGACGCCGACUUCAGCCACCACCCCAAGUUCAUUCCUGAGAUGAUUCGCAUCCAGAAGGAGAGCGACGCCGAUAUUGUCACCGGUACUCGUUACGCCAAUCGCGGAGAUAUUAAGGGUGGUGUUUACGGCUGGGAUCUGUUCCGCAAGUUCACUUCGCGCACUGCGAACAUGAUUGCGGACGUUAUGUUGAUGCCCGGUGUUAGCGACUUGACUGGUAGCUUCCGUCUGUACAAGAAGCAGGUUCUUGAGAAGGUCAUUAUCAGCACCCAGAGCAAGGGCUACAGUUUCCAGAUGGAGAUGAUGGUCCGUGCCAAGGCUAUGGGCUACAAGGUGGAGGAGUGCCCCAUCACCUUCGUCGACCGUCUCUAUGGUGAAAGCAAGCUCGGAGGCUCCGAGAUCGUGGAGUACCUCAAGGGCGUGCUUACUCUGUGGCUGAAGGUCUAA